ACUGAUAAAAAUCAUUAUGCAUUGCGAUAUGAAAACAAUAAUACAGAACCCUCUAGUGGUCACAUGGAUAUCUGCAGCAAGUGUGAGACGCGUCACCAAGUUCUCAGAGCUGGAGGAGGAGACCUGGAGCUCUGGGGUCCACAUUGACUCUCUGUAAUCCAGUUUGGAGUGGUCGCUGAGGAUGCCACCAGAGGUAGCCUCUCCAUAAGACCUGCAGUGCAUCGGCACUGUGGUUGUAUAGACUUGGGAGCUUAUUAGUUGCUUAAUAGUUUAUUCUACCUCAAAAAUUGUUUCACUGUGAACCGUUUAAAUUAUAGUUCAGGUUAUGCCACCACAGAAAAAAAUGUAGGUGUAACGAGAUAUAUAACAGAAAACAUUUUAGAAAUAGGCUACAUCUCACAAAGUGAAGAAUCUGAAGACACCUUCCAUGAGUGAUGAUGAAGAUGAAACUCUCCUUAAACCGACCAGUCAAAACCGUCGGACCAAACCAGUAAAAGUCGUCUUUAUGGAGUUUCAAAAUGACAUUUUCUAAACUGCUGAACGGGAGCAAGGAUGAAUUCCCCUCGGACUCUCUCUCCAACAUCAGCAACACCACCUGUGAGAGCAUCACCCUCGACUCUCAAGUCAUCGGUGUCGGAGUCUUUCUGGCCGUUUUCAUUUUGCUGGCGAUCGUCGGAAACAUUUUGGUUAUUCUGUCGGUGCUGUGCAACAAACAUUUGCAGACGGUCACCAACUUCUUCAUUGUGAACCUGGCCAUCGCGGACCUUCUUCUUAGUACCAUCGUCCUGCCGUUCUCCGCGUCUCUGGAGGUGCUGGGAUGCUGGGUGUUCGGUCGGGUCUUCUGCAACAUCUGGGCAGCGGUAGAUGUGCUCUGUUGCACGGCGUCUAUUUUAAGUUUGUGCAUUAUAUCUAUAGACAGGUACAUCGGAGUUAAAUACUGUCUGAAAUACCCCACUAUCAUGACAGAACGGAAAGCAGGUGUCAUCCUCGUGGUGCUCUGGGUUUCUUCAAUGGUGAUUUCCAUCGGACCGCUUUUGGGAUGGAAAGAGCCCCCACCUUCUGAUGAGAGCAUCUGCCGCAUCACGGAGGAACCGGGUUAUGCUCUGUUCUCCUCUUUAUUCUCCUUCUACCUCCCGCUCAUGGUGAUUUUAGUCAUGUAUACUAGAGUAUACAUCGUGGCCCGCAGGACUACAAAAAGUUUGGAAGCGGGUGUGAAAAGGGAGAGAGAUAAAUCAACGGAAGUGGUGUUGAGGAUACAUUGCAGGAGCAUACCGGAGGAUCCGAGCACGAGCUCGAAAAACAAAAAUCACCCGUUCAGAAGUUCACUGUCCGUGAGACUCAUGAAGUUCUCCAGGGAAAAGAAAGCUGCUAAAACCCUCGCCAUCGUCGUGGGGAUGUUCAUUCUUUGUUGGCUACCGUUUUUCUUCGUUUUGCCUUUGGGCUCUUUUUUCCCAGCUCUGAAGCCCUCUGAGAUGGUGUUCAAAGUAAUCUUCUGGUUGGGCUACUUCAACAGUUGCAUUAACCCCAUAAUUUACCCCUGCUCGAGCAAGGAAUUCCAGCGUGCCUUCACCCGUCUGGUGCGCUGCCAGUGCCAGCGGCGCCGCCGCAUCCUCCGCCGGUUCUACGACCAGCGCUGGAGAACAGCCAUGCAAGGAGCCCAGAGGGACCCACACAGAGACUACUGCUCUGGAUUUCCCUUUCACGAGCAGUGUGGUAACUCUAUGUAUUCCUGCCAGAACAAGAGCCGGCCUCUUAGUCUGAAGAGCUGGAGCUUCUUACCCCCUUUACAGAAGUCCUCCUUCCAGCUAAAGGAGAAAAUGAACAAUCUUUCCAAUAAGAUUAAGAAUGGGACGGGGAAGAAUAGCACAUCUGCUCUGGCCCGGACAGAGAUUGACACGGUCUCCAUGGGGAUCUAUAACGACUGCGGCGAUCAGAGCACUUACCAGAUCUACGACCUCACAGAGUGCUACGGCCUGAAGGAAACAGACAUCUAAACAAAGACAGAGAUUACUGACUGUUCUCUCUGAGAGCUCUGACUCACUGCCAAUUCUUAAAAAAUUGUUAGAGUUUUAUUUUUUUUCUCUCAAAGACUAGUAUUCUUGUUAUGUCUUAAAGUGCUGGCUUCAACACAGUAGAGAAGCAAAUAUGAGUAAAAAUGACAAGGACAAUGUGUGUUAAAGGAGAUUAAUGCAUUUUUACAUGGAUGAUUUAACAUUUUUCUUUUAAAGUGGAAAAAGUACUCUGAAGGGGGAAAAACUUAUGAGGGAAAAAAUUAACUGCACUGGAUUAGAACGAAAAGAUUCAUUGCUGCUGGGUAUCUGUAUACCGUGCUGUCCAUGUGACCUUUGAGUAAUUUGUCUGUUGUUUCAAACUCCAGAAACCCUUGAACUGUAUUCACAAAGAGAGAUUGUUACAAAUUCUUUGACUUGCUGUCCAUUAAGUGUGAAUGGAAAAACAUAUUUGACUGAUAUGAGACUGGUAAAUCCAUGACACUAAUUUGAAUUUGACAUAAUGAUUCAUUGUGGUUCACAGAUUGCUGUGGAAUCCACUUUUAAGUGAUUCAAAAUUGAUUCAGAGGUACAUACAUUUAAAUGUGAAUCACAGUUUAUAACCUAAACAGAUUUUGUGCAGAUGUUUUCAGUAUUACAGAGGGUAGUUCAGUGCUGUGCUAUUUAUGUGCUAUUCAUGCUUUUCUCAUUUCAGCCAUGAGAUUUAAGUCAUCCUUAAAAGGACCAACAGUGGGAAAAAAAGAAAAAGAAAAUUAUUAAAAUAAUCAAAAUGAAUGGACUCCAACUCAGUUUCUGUGUUGUUAAGAAAAGCUUUUGGUUUAUUUGUAAUGCUGAUGUGAUGAUGUCUUUCAGUGUCAACUAUUGAACAUAAUAAAUCUGAAAAGAGCA